GAUCCUCUGCCCUCGGCCGCCCCGCUCCGAGCGUGUAGCUCUCGCCGCGCGGCCCAAGAGAGGAGUGAGACACUAAGGGGGUUCGCUGACCCUGCGUGCACCAGACUGCUGUGAACCCCUGAAGGGGAAGCAUCUGUAUUUAAGGAGAAAUACUUCUGUGUUUGAAAAAAGAGAAAGAAAAAGAGAAAGAAAGAAAGAAAAAGGAAAAAAAGCAAGGAAGACCAUCUAGUCUUCAAUACAUGCACAUGAUUUGACUUAGAAGAACCCUCCAUCCUCAGGAACUUGGAGACAGCUGCCCUGGAAACUGUGUGGAAGUUAAGGAGACUUUUGCUGUGGUGAGGACCUGAGAACAUUAUUUUAAUCCCAAUGUUGCCCUGACAUUUGUAUCUAUUCAAGAAGAUUAAGACUAAAAAGAUGCCUCAGGAACAGUACUCACACCACAGGAGCACCAUGCCCAGCUCAGAGGGGCCACACAUAUACAAAGUGGGGAUUUACGGCUGGAGGAAAAGAUGCCUAUAUUUCUUUGUCCUGCUCCUCAUGAUUUUAAUACUGGUGAACUUGGCCAUGACCAUCUGGAUUCUCAAAGUCAUGAACUUCACAAUUGAUGGAAUGGGGAACUUAAGAAUCACAGAAAAGGGUCUGAAGCUGGAAGGAGACUCAGAGUUCUUACAACCUCUCUACGCCAAAGAAAUCCAGUCCCGACCAGGUAAUGCCCUAUACUUCAAAUCUGCCAGGAAUGUGACAGUGAACAUUCUCAAUGACCAGACAAAAGUCCUGACUCGGCUGGUGACAGGUCCGAAAGCUGUGGAAGCAUACGGCAAAAAGUUUGAAGUAAAAACGGUUUCUGGAAAAUUGCUCUUUUCUGCAGAUGACAGUGAAGUGGUCGUGGGAGCCGAGAGAUUGCGAGUCUUAGGAGCUGAAGGCACAGUCUUUCCAAAAUCCAUAGAAACACCUAAUGUCAGAGCAGACCCCUUCAAGGAACUAAGGUUGGAGUCCCCAACCAGAUCUCUAGUAAUGGAAGCCCCAAAAGGGGUAGAAAUAAAUGCAGAAGCGGGCAAUAUGGAAGCCACCUGCAGAAGUGAGCUGAGACUGGAGUCCAAGGAUGGGGAGAUUAAGUUAGAUGCUUCGAAAAUCAAACUACCUAGGCUGCCUCGUGGAUCCUACACACCCACAGGAACAAGGCAGAAGGUCUUCGAGGUCUGCGUCUGCGCCAAUGGGAGGUUAUUCCUGUCCCAGGCAGGAACUGGUUCCACUUGUCAGAUAAACACAAGUGUCUGCCUUUGAAGGACUAUCCAUAGUGGACAAUUGUUGGCAGCAUAAAGGCCCUUUUUGGCUUGAGACACUGGCUGCCAGCUAUUUUUACUAGAACACAGAAAGCCUAUCAAAGACCUUGUGUGUGUGUGUGUGUGUGUGUGUGUGUGUGUGUGUG